GUUUUUUAUGGGCACCAAGGCCUUGUGUGAGGUGGGUAGAGACUGAGGCUCCAGUUUGCGUGUCGUGGAGAGCUUAACUACGAGUGUGUAACCUCUUUGGGGCUGAGAGAGCAUGGCCCUUUAAAUCUCUGCCCUGAGGCGGAGGAGGGGAGUGCUGAUUGUGCCUGAAGGAGGAAGUGCAGGGGAAGAGCGACAGCGUGGGUGUCUGGCACUCCCGACAGAAGGGCUGCAGCCCCAGGCCCUCACACAGUGAAGCAGCCCAGAAGCUGCCCGGAGCCGGGGAGGGACAGAGCAGCGACCGACCGGGGACGCCAGGACAGGAGCCAGGAGGAGCAGUGGGCCAGGAAGGAAUCGUCCGAGAGAGACAGACCGGAGCUGGACCCAGUAUCGCUGCUGCACGGGGCCACUGUACCAAGAUGAGACUGGGUCCCUGACUUUUUGGGGGGAUCUCCCUGGUACUGCUACCCUUUACAGAAGACAAUGGAUUUGGCAAGAACCCAGAUGUAGGGAUGAAAAGGAAAACUGCAAUGUGCCUAUGGAAACCUGUACCACAGAGCAAGCCUUUUCCAUGCGAUCGGUUCAAACAUGCCUGCAGCAUCUGCAGAGGGUUUGUUUAUCUUUAUGGGGGUCGGUGCAAUAGCAGCCUAAGUGACUUCUGGCGGUACAAUAUAGCAAGCAAUGAAUGGGAAAAACUGGAUUGUUCAGAAGAUGGCCCAGAAGAACUGGAAGAACAUUCAAUGGUGGCUUAUCAGGGCAUCCUCUAUAUUUUCGGUGGGAUGGUGGAUUCUGCUUUUACGCAGGUGAAGAUCCCUCUCUGGAUGUAUGACAUUGAUUCAGCGAGAUGGACUGAGUGCCGGCACACAGCAGUGGAGACUGAGAGCAUUGCUCCAGCUAACAGAAAGGGCCACAGCGCAGUAGUGUACAAUUCCAGCAUGUACAUCUAUGGGGGAUACUUCGACAUCAAAGGGAUUUCACAAGAGUUUUGGGCUUUACGUUUUGAUACAGGAGAGUGGUCACAGGUAUCUCCACAGUCUUGUGACACUGGUCCAGGACCCCGGCAUGGUCACUCAGCUGUGGUUUAUGGCACAGGCAUGUACCUGUUUGGCGGACUGAUGGGGCUGAGUGAACAGAGGGACCUAUGGAAGUGGGACUUUACAAGCUGCAAGUGGUCCACUAUCAGAACAAGUGAGUGCAAAGAAAAAAAAGAGCAUCUCCAUAGAACUCAGUUGUGGCUCUCCUGCAAAUGCUGGGAAAAGUUGAAAGGUAAAAGUACUGAAUUUACAUACACAACUUAUUCCAAAAGUUUUUGGCUGGAUGCUGCCAUCUCAUGGCCUGAUCCUGAAGAGUGGAGCACCCUCAAUUGCCACUGACGUCAAGGGGGACUCAGGAUAUUCAGCACUUUUCAGGAGGUUCAGAACUUGGCAAGUUCAGGGUAUUUUUCUCAAUUUCAUGACGUUUUUAAUAAUAAUGUAUUUUUAUGACCCUUGGAUGUGUAACUUGUAACAAAGGUCAAAUAUAGCAUAAAUGAACGAGGUGCAGAUAUAUGGCAAAAGUGUUUGGGCCCUAAUUUUAUUUAGGAUUUAUUUUAGUAUGUUUAAAAAAAUCCCCCUCCAUCUAGUUUCAUUAACUAGAUGUGUCACUUCUUAAAAUAGUCACAAAACUUCUGCCUGUAUUUGUCAGCCUAGCCCACAGAGCUAUUUGAUAUUUCCAUAUAAAUUAACUACGGAGUUAUUUAACUUAAUGGUUAAUCUUUAGCUUUGCUUAUUACUGAAGUCAAACUUUUAAUGAUACUGGUAGCAGUGUUAUCUUAAUACUGGUUUGAGCAGGGUAAUAACCAUGGAAUUAUUUCAGACUGCUGUGAAGGCAGCUGGGAUGUACAUUAAUUCCUACAUCUGGAAAAGGAACACUUGUAACUACACCAUCAGAGUACAGUAGUACCUCAGAGUUGCAAACACCUCAGGAAUGGAAGUUGUUUGUAACUCUGAACAAAACGUUAUGGCUAUUCUUUCAGAAGUUUACAACUGAAUAAUGAUUUAAUACAGUUUCAAACUUUACUAUGCAGAAGACAAAUGCUGCUUUCCCUUUAUUUUUUUAGUAGUUUGUUUAACACAGUACUGCACUUGCUUUUUUUUUGGUCUGCUGGUGCCUGAUUAUGUACUUUCGGUUCCAAACGAGGCAUGUGGUUGAAAGGUCCGUUCAUAACCCUGAGGUUCUACUGUACUAAGCCUGCAUUACUUUUCUACACUCUUAAUUCAUGAUUUUCUACAAAGGGUUUUCUAGUCUCAAUCACGGACUUAUUUUCACACAUUAUAAACAUCAAACAAGGAAUCUACCUCUUGAUACACAGACACAGGCAUGUUUCCAACCACUGAUUAGAUGGUGGAGGUUCCAGGGGCCUCUAGGAUUGCCCAGACUCACAAAACAGUCUCAAGUUCUUCAGUAGAAAUGUGUAUAUAUGCUAUCUUUUGCGUUGGUGUGAAGUGACAGGUUACGGUGCAGGCUCUGACUGAACCCAGCUCCCUAACAAUUGGGCUCAGUGACAUGUCAGAGUUAAGCAUAGGCAGAGCACAAUAAUCUUAAAUCAGAUGCAUGUUUUUAUGUCAGCCCGAGUGAGCUGUAUGGACCGUAUUGACUUUUAUCUUCUCUAGGAUUGACUGGGGGGAAGGGGGAUGUAGCCGCAAAAGGCAGCUGUAGAGCACCCCUAGAUGCCAGCAGAGACCGUUCAUUCGCUGGCUGACUUACUUCUAAAUCUUUAAAAACAAAUGUGAUUUGAUACUGGAAGGGAGGUUUUGAAAUUCAAAGAGAUGUGUCACAGUCACUUACAGACAGGAGCUCUCCUCUGUGGGGGCAUCCGAGUGCCUUUUUGCCAUGAAUGUUUGUAUUCCUCGCCUGCUGCCAUAGCAAGCUGCAAACAGCUUGAACUGAGCCCUCAGUAAGCAAUAUUUGCUUUCAGCACUGCAUUAGUGUCCCUGGAGCAGCUUUCAUUUCAGUGCGUUAGUAACAGUUACUGUAGUUAAUGGCUGCGGUAAUGUUUUCCAGAAACCUUGAAUAGUGUCACCCUUCCCUUGCUUGUUACCUUAGUAAGAUUUUCAAUGAAAAUGUUUAUUUCUCAAAGGAGGGGAAAAGUUAGCCGACUUGAACAAAACACUCCAUAACCCCGUUACAGCUGCUCACCCUAUCUAUAUAUGAGUUGGGCAAGGAUUCAGGAACUGUCAUUAGUUUAACUCUGGCCCAAGUUAGUAAUGACCAAAAGUCAUUACCAUCUGGUGGCACGGCAGUGGUCUGUGUGAAAUAAUCAGUGGAUUAGCUCCAGUUAGUAGCUAUCACCACCAUUAGCAUCUUUGUUGGCAAGUUGAGUGAAGGGACUCAUUUCUCCACUUGAGCUGCUCCUUAAGCACAGGGCGCAGGCCAGCAUGGGAGAGGCUUGCAUUGCUGCCAUCUGUCCUGUAUCUCUUCACUGGCUAAACAUACUGUUUUCCAAGGCUUGAAACAUUUCAUAAGCAGCACACUCACUUUACAAAGUGAAAGGGUAUAACCAGACUAUUUGUAUUAACCUCUUCUGGGACUGCAAAUGUAUUGUUAUAGCUUGAAAAGUGAGACUAUUUUAAAGUCUCGUAUAUUUAUAGAAUUAAGAUACAAGAACAAAUCUGUCCUUAUUGAUUUAACAACUUUUUGUAAGACGCAGUAAAUCUACAUUAGGUCAGAAUAUUCUGAUUCUUUGUUUACCGUUGGCUUCUCCUGAGCAACAGAAGAAACUGUGUUUAUCAAUAUCGAGGGCAGGGCAGUUAGCUGCAAAAUAGACAUUUUAUUGUGAAUGAUAAGAGACAAAAGUAAAUGUACUUUUUCUCAUUCAAUAAAGUUAUGUUAAGUCAA